GAAAGUGAUUGUUACGCGUGCAUUCUGGGAGAACGGAGACGUGGUCACCUGGGAGGUUACAAAUUGCGUAUUCAGUUCUAAAUCUCAAGAAAAACGUCUUCAAAUCUUCUUCUUUCCUCGUUCCUGGCCGACUGCAUCGCUUUAUGAGAUAGUACGAAAGCUGAGCUGUAAGAGAAAAAAGGUUAACCAACAAAUGAAACCAUGGAUCGUACGCAACCCAAAGGUUUGCCAACAAGAGUGCCAGUGGGCACCAUGGGUGACGGAGGCACGACCUACAGCGGGGUGAACCCCAACGCGGUGUGGCUCAACAGCCGCGGCAUCUGGCUCUCUUACGUCAUCGCCGUGACGAUCCUGCACCUCGUUUUGCUCAGCAUUCCGUUCCUCAACGUGGCGCAGGCCUGGACGCUUACUAACGUCGUACACAACAUCGGUAACUACAUAUUCCUGCACAUGCUGAAGGGGACUCCCUGGGAGACCAACUGGGACCAGGGCAAGUCCCGCCUCCUCACGCACUGGGAACAGAUCGACUUCGGCGAGCAGUUCACAACUACCCGCAAGUUCCUGUUCCUGGCGCCUGUUAUCUUAUUCAUCCUUGCGAGUUUUUACACCAAGUACGACCCGCUGCACUUCAUCAUCAACCUGAGCACCAUGCUCCUGGUGUUGAUCCCAAAACUCCCUCAGCUUCACGGGGUCAGGAUUUUUGGCAUCAACAAGUACUGAGGGCCGUCAGGGAACGAUGGGGGUGAACUGAGGACAAGCCUUGAAGAAGUGCUUCUGGAAAAGUUUCUUAAAAACUUUAAUUUCCAACCCAAACAUUGGCCUUGCCCAAAUUUUCGAGUGAUCAGCUCCAGUCUUUGUCAAUGAAUGAACAAUCCACUGCUGUCGUGACGUCACAUUAUGCAGAUAGAACACGUGACUUGGUGAUCAUAAGUUGCAGGAAGUCUGUGGUGGCCACCCUCUCUAUUUAGGGAUGGUUGUAAAGCUCUUGAAUGUUCAUUCCUUGACAAAGACUGGAGCUGACCAGUCAAAAAUGUAGGCAAGUCCAAUCUUUUGUUGGAAAUUACAGUUCAACUCCUUCCAGAAUGACUUCUACAAACACAGAUGAACUUUCAAGUUAAGUUGAAGAAGUGUUGAUCACUUCAAAGAUAUCUUAAGGGUCUUAAGAGACAUUGUUAAGACAUGUACUGAGAUCCAGAGAAGAAGUCUUAUUAUGCACAACAUGAUAUAAACCUUGUCACUAAAUGCUUUGUUUGUGAUGGACUCCAUAUUGCAUAUUAUGCAUUUCUGUUUAUUCUGCUAUUGAAAAUAUACAAUUUACAAUCAUAGUAUGCAUUGAUAAUUUGAUACAUUAUAAUGUACAUGUGAGUAUUGAUAAGGUUAUGAAAUUCCAUGGUUUCUUUUGUGUAUGAGUAUUAUAUAAGAAACAGAGAGAACAGUAUUUAACUGGUUUAUUAAAAAAAGGAUGCUAUAGGAUGACUAUAAUUUACCAUACUAGGUUGGGGUGGUAUGAUAUAACAUGGUAUGCUAUAAAAUCUAGAUUCACUUUCAUUUCAACUAUAUGUAUUCCAUAAUAUAUAUAUCCAUAUAUGUGUGAGUGCAGGAGGCAUAGUUUGUAAAAGUGGAAGUGUGAUUUGACACCUUUGAGGCAUAAAAAAAAUUUCCGCGACGAUUUUUCCACUGUCGUGCUAGCCUCACUCAUACAGCCACAUUCACUUUCUGUGUUAUAUUUCAAGUCUUUUUCUAGGAAGAGAAAUACAUGUUUUCUUGUGUCUCUUCUUCUUCUCCUGCCAUUCGAUCAAAAUGAUUCAAAGCAUCCUUUCUUUCUUGUAUCAUUUGAGGACAAAGAAAACAAGACGAUAAUGAUUGCAUUUUUACGGUUUUCAGUUGGUGCUUAUAAUGGCAAACGCAAGUAUUAUUUCUUUGUGAUAUUGUUUUGAAUGCAUGAUUUUGAGGAACACUGUAUCUGGUGGCAGUCAACUUGAUCCAAGGGGUAACUUUACAUACAAACCCCUCCUUGAUACAUGUACAUUGAUUGUUUUUAAAGAGGGUGUUUGGGGAUAUCAAAUCGUGGAAGAUGGUUUCAGACUACAAUAUUUUAAAAAUCAUCAUCAUUUGAAAAUAUGUUAAAUUACGGUAUUUACUGUCAUUGACAGUGGUUUCAAACUGUAAUAUUCUGAAAAUAUUGCCAUCUUAAACCAUUGUCAAUGACUUGAUACCUGUUAAAUACAAAUGUCAUCAGUACAAGAGAUAUCAAUUAGGUUACCCCACGGAUAUAGGUGCACUAGCAUUACACAUUAUUAUCAGUGCUAUCAUGGUAUUUUGCAUUUUAGUCAAGCCACAGGUUUUGAAGCACUGCUGUCAAUUUGAAUUCUCGUCACCCUUGUACACAUUAUCAAUUAUAUUUUCUGAAAAGGAUGUAAUAAUAAUGCUUUGAUUAGUAUAGGGUGAAAGAAAACUGUAUAUAGAGAAGACUUGGCCAUUCAUAGGUUGUGGUUGACUAGUAACUUUUGGGCAGAGUGUCCAUGAUUCUUGUAUGGUGUAUUCACAACUCAUAAUGCGAGCUGCCUCCGAAAAUAAUUUCAUCGGCUCGGUAGAACUUUGGAGUUUUCUUGUAUACUUCCAGUAAUGUCUCGCUUACGUUUUGAUGUC